AUGGCGUCCCCUCCGACACGCCUGCAGCGCACAGUCGGCGCCCUCCUCGGCGUCCACGCCGGCGACUCCCUCGGCGCCUCCCUCGAGUUCUCCACCUGGGAUUCCAUCCGCAAGCGGUACCCGACCGGCCUGCGCGACAUCAUCGGCGGCGGGCCCUUCAGCUGGUCGCCCGGCCACGCCACCGACGACACGGACCUCACCCGCGCCGUCCUGCUCGCCUACCUGGACGUCCGUCGCCGCGGGGCGGCCGGCGAGGAGGAGGAGGGCGGCGACCUCGCGCGGCUCGCGGCCGGGCACAUGCUCGACUGGAUGGACGGGCGGUGGCCCGACCGCACGCCCGGCGUCGAGCCCGUCGACUUCGGCGCCGCCACGCGCAUCGGCCUCGACAAGUUCAGGGCGUCGGGCGACCCCGCCAAGGCCGGCGCAGGCCCGAAUCAAGCUGGCAACGGAUCUCUGAUGCGGUGCAUCCCGACGGCGCUGUUCCAGGACGACCGCGACAAGAUGAUAGCCGAGUCGCAGAUCAUCUCCGCCGUGACGCACGACGACACCCGCUGCACGGUCGCCUGCGCCGCGUACAAUGUCAUCGUCGCCGCGCUUGUGCGAGGCGAGUCGCCCGAGGGAGCGGUAGCUGCCGGUCUCGACGUCGCCAAGGAGCUGGAGAAGGAACCUGCAAAGCCCGUCGUGGUGGGCGCCAUCAGAGCGGGGACGCGCCUGUCGGUUCAGGAGCUGGCCGAGAAAGGUCCCGGCGCGUCCUUGCCCGGGAAGGCAUCUGGCUACGUUCUCGAGUCCCUCUCCAUCGCGAUAGCAGCCGUCUUGGACCCGAGGACUCUGGUGGACGUCCUGGUCGAUGUCGUGAGGAUCGGCAAGGACACGGAUACGAACGCGGCCAUUGCGGGCGGACUGCUGGGAGCGCGAGAUGGGGUCGGCGCGAUACCCCAGGACUGGGUGGACAAGUUGCAGUUCCGAGACGAGUUUACGGCCGCGGCGACGGAGUUGCUUGGCGCGGAGGCUACGUGA